AGACACGGUGCCCUUGUUCUGCUCCCUCCCACACACAAGCGAGCGCGUGCGCGCCGCCAAGUUUGGCUUUAUUCCCCCACAGCAGUUUUCCGCCGCGGACUCCUUCGCCUCCAAGUUUCGCGGGGAGGGUGUAGUCAGAGGCGGAGCAGUUGCCGUGCGCGGCGGCACGGCGACGCGGGGGAUGGAGUACCGCGACAAGCUGGUGCUCGCGCCCAUGGUCCGCGUGGGCACCUUGCCAUUUAGGCUACUGGCUGCUGAAUAUGGUGCUGAUAUUACUUAUGGGGAAGAAAUAAUUGAUCACAAAUUCUUGAAAUGCGAGCGCAUUAUAAAUGAAUCUCUUGGGACUACUGAUUUUGUGGAGAAAGGGACUGACAAUGUAGUUUUCCGUACAUGCCCACAAGAAAGGGGUAGGGUUGUAUUCCAAAUGGGCACAUCACAUGCUGUGAGGGCACUUAAAGCUGCUGAGAUUGUGUGCCAUGAUGUUGCUGCUAUAGAUAUCAACAUGGGUUGUCCAAAGUCUUUCUCUCUUAGUGGAGGGAUGGGUGCUGCAUUACUCUCCAAACCUGAGCUUAUACAUGAUAUUUUGACAACAUUGCGGAGGAACUUGGACACAACAGUGACAUGUAAAAUCCGUCUUCUGAACACACCUAAGGACACUGUGGAAUUGGCACGAAGGAUUGAAAAAGCUGGUGUUCCUGCUCUUGCUGUGCAUGGAAGAAAAAUUAAAGACAGACCAAGAGAUCCUGCUAAGUGGGAUGAGAUUGCGGAUGUUGUGUCAGCACUGUCAAUUCCAGUUAUAGCUAAUGGAGAUGUCUUUGAGUAUGAGGAUUUUAAAAGAGUUAAAGAUGCUACAGGUGCCGCUUCUGUUAUGGUUGCUAGAGGUGCCAUGUGGAAUGCCUCUAUCUUUUGUGCCAAAGGAAAAACACCGCACGAGGAUGUCAAAAGAGAGUAUGUAAGAAAGAGCAUAUUGUGGGACAAUGAUGUGAAGAGCACGAAACAUACCUUGAAAGAAAUGAUAAUGCACUAUUCUUGCCUUGAACUUCCUGAAGGGAAAGGUGUUAUAAAGUGUGACACAUCAGCAGAUUUAGCGAGACUAUACGGGGAGGAGGACUACUAUAACUUUGUUGUUUCAAAUAGGAAAUGAACACAAUUUGAUUUUGUGAGCCCUCAUGUGGACCAGCUUCUACUUGGAUUCCUAUCUCACUUUUAUUAAUGGGAUUCGGAGGAAUCCAUUCUCCCACCAACGAACAUGAGGUUUGCCAUUUCGGCGCUGUCUGGUCUAGGUCCUUUGGUUUGAUGAAGAUUUACAAGCUGUCGAUAUUUCUGUUGUACUGGUACUAGAUACAUCCAUACCUGGAAUUAAGAAAACACCAUAUUUUUUGAAGCUCAUGCUAAUUUAUUUGCUACUACUUUAGAGCAUGGUAAUUCUGUCAUGUAUUGUUGGUGGAAAUAGUAUGGUGUUUUUUUUUGAGUAACAAAUAUUGAUAUGGUGGCUGUAUUGUUACAGUCUAUGGUGUAACAAAUAUUGAAGGUUUCCAUGAUAUGUCUUUGACUGGCAUUUAGCCUGGCUCUAAUUGCA